UGUGUCGGCUUUCAGCCCUGAACCCCCUGAGCACCAUAGGCUCGAGGGGAUUGGGCACCCGAAAACCGAGCCCAAAUGCCAAGAUUCCAGGCGCCGUAUAGGCUUGGCUGCAGUAGUAAGACUGCGAUGCACAGCCAGAAAGCGGUCGACAGCCAGAAAGCGGUCAGCAGCCAAAUUUCUAGUAAACUGCCAAUGUUGAUUCUCCAUCCCGUCGCGAGAGCUUAGCACGGUUCUUCCUCCCAAAGCAAAAUGAUGAGCCAGGUUCCCGUUAGUUGACGAGACUGAUAUUUUAUGAACAGCUUGGUUCGUGUUUUAUAUUCAUUCCCCCCUCCCCUCCUCCCCCCCCCAAUUCCCAUGUCUCUAAUCGUGUCGAAGGACCGUAGUGAGAGGUUGCCGUCGCGGGUGACAAUAGCCCUCCUAAAAUCUCGAAAUCGAUCGCCGAUGAUAUCCGACAUGGAGCUUCAACGCUUCUCAUGUGAUCUGGAGGGGUGCACAAAGUCGGGUCACAGCCGAGACCCCAAAAUGCGGGGAGUGCUGCCGUGGCGUGCGGCGAGAUCGCCAGGAACCGUCCCCGGCCCUGGAACGGCUGACGGAUACCUCCGAGCUAAGCCUCCUGCCACCGUGUUAAAAAUAAGCAUGCCGCCAACCAUAUCGCCCAGAGCCGUGGCCGUGAACAGAACACGUGGUUUUUUCUCCCCUGAGACUUCGUAUAGAGAGUGGUUUGAGCUGUCGAGUCGAUGCGCCCGCACUUUUGAGCCCCGAGCCAAGAGCCGGCCGCAGACCGAGAAGAAGCAUCUUGAGGCGUCCACUGACGAGCCGGAAACCAACAGAGCCAGCAUCCGGUGGCGGUGGCAGCGUCCGCCGGGUCUCGAGAGGUCUAGAACGCGGUCCAUUUGCCGCAUGUUGCCCAGCUGCAGUUGUGUUUCAAGACGAACGCUAGGAGUUGUGGCCGCCUUCAGUCGUGCAGCCGUCGGGGAUUAGCGAGACUGGCCAUUGAGGAGGGCUAGCGAGACUAGCCAUUGAGGGCUAGCCAUUGAGGAGGGCGGGAGAGGGCAUGAGACUGCCGAUACGAGGCUCUGCAUGAUCUCGAAUCGAUAGUAGACAUGUCCGCGGGUAGAACCGACCUAAUGAGGGAAAGGUGCAAAGGCGCGACCGCCAAGCCCAGUCUAGACUAGAACAACUCGAUCUGUGUUGGAGCUGGACGCGGGGUGGCAGCCCUGUGACGUCGAGCGA